AUGGCAGAGCAGAAAGGCAAUGUUUCUGUCGAGACACCGGAAGUAGAGAAGCAGGGUAUCUCCAGGGCAAUGGAUGAGGCAGCAGAGUACCUUGCUCAUAGCACUGGCUUUGCACCUUUGUCCCCGGAAGAAGAGAAGAAGAUGGUACGCAAGAUGGAUUGGAUCCUUCUGCCAAUGCUCUUUAUGACCGCUACUUUGGGUGCUGUUGAUAAGGUCGCUAUCAGCACUGCAGCCAUCUAUGGCCUCAAGGAUGACCUUCAUCUUGUGGGUCAACAAUAUUCUUGGGCUGGAUCCAUCUUAUCUCUCGGAGCCAUUGUUGGCAUGUGGCCAUCCACGUACCUGGUCCACAGACUGCCCUCUGCCAAAUACCUAUCUGCAUGCUCGUUAGGCUGGUCAGUCAUGGCACUUCUCAUGCCGGUCUCUCGUAAAUGGAGCGGACUAAUGGCUUUGAGAUUCUUUAUGGGUUGUUUGGAGGCGAUCAUUGUUCCAUCAAUUUCUCUGAUCGUCGCUGGGUUCUAUAAAAAGUCUGAGCAGCCCCCUCGAAAUGCCUUGGUAUUUGCGGCAGCAAGUUCUAUAGUCAACGGCUUCCUGUCGUGGGCGGUCGGUCACAUUCCUUCUAGUGCAGCACUUUCUAUUUGGCAAUACCUUUUUCUGAUCACAGGCUCUAUUUCGACACUGUGGUCUAUCAUCGCUUUGAUCUUCCUCCCGGACUCUCCUAUGAAUGCGUUUUUCCUCAACGAUAGAGAGAAGUACCAUGCUGUCCAGCGCCUGGCCGAGAACAAAACCGGGAUCACAAACCGACAAUGGAAGUGGGAUCAGGCUCUGGAGGCGGCUAUUGAUCCGAAGACUUGGGUUCUAUUUUUCUUCAACAUCGCCAUCAACAUACCCAACGGGGGUCUCACAACCUUCAGCGGCAUCAUCAUCAACAACCUAGGCUUCUCUCCCGUGAUUACCUCCCUGCUGAACAUGCCGACUGGUGUGAUGUCUACCCUGUCGGCAUUCUGCUUCUCUUGGAUCGCGGCUAAGUGGACCAACCGUCGCUGUCUGGUUACUAUGUUAGCAUCUUGUGUCCCUAUAAUUGGUGCCAUCCUGGUCUACAGCUUACCGCGAACGAACCUGGGUGGUCAGAUGGUUGGCAUAUAUCUGUUAUACACAUACUUCGGUCCGUACGUUGUGGGAAUAUCCAUGGCUCAGGCUAAUACGGCGGGUAAUACCAAGAAGACCGUACAACAUUUCGAGCAAAUCAAGCACCAGAAUACACAGGGGGGAUUUGUUGCCAUGCUGGCUUGCUAUUGCGUCUGCGUUCUGCUGAUGGCAGUCUACUGGGCCAUUGCGCACAACUUGAAUCGCCGAGCUACAGUUGGGGUUGGCCCUGAGGAAGAUCGAGCCGAUGGGGACUUGAUGGAUGCAUUUGCUGAUAAAACUGACUUCCAGCAAAAGGCAUUCAAGUAUACUACGUAG